AUGGUGCUGCCACGCCUGCUACUAAACGGCAGACAACGAACCGAUGCUAGGAGAAUACCGUUCAGGUACCCAGUGGUGCUGCAGCAUGACAUUCGGGAGCUCCCUGUGUCGACACGGGAAGAGGCAGCUCUGGUCGAUUACUAUCUGUCUCUCGGCUGCCAGCAGUUUGUGGGCAACAGCGUAUCUGUGUUCAGCGCGCUGCUCAUCAUGGAGCGUUGGCAUGCGGGGCGGUUUGCCACUUAUUACAAUGGCGGCAACAUCCCGCUGGAGGCCUUCAUGCCGCUGUACCAGAUGCCCUGGGUGUUCACGUACAACGAUUGGUCGGCGGGCACCGAAUACGAUUACAUGGUGAAGGCGGCCGUGACCUCUGGCAUCGAGGUGGCCCGCAUGAAGCCGUACUGCAUGUACAGCGGCAGCACGUCGGCGGAGAUGUACCAAUGGUUCCUCAGCAAAGGAGUCACCAUCAUCCAGCACACGCCAGCUUGGAAGGAUGCCUUGGCACAGGAGGGUGCACGCAACCGGGAGUUCAACAUCAAGACAAGGUCUCACUUGUACAAGAGUGACGGCGCGCUCGUGGGCACCUACCAACGCAUCGACAUCCCCAUCCUGCGCCAGUUUGACCAGUACAACUAUGCGCUGUUCACGGACUGUGAUGUGUUCUUCCGCCAGCAGAUGAAGCUGAUUGACUGGGGCACGCCACUGCCAUCAGCACUGGGCAUGGGCUAUGAGAUGGACGACAAUUUUCCCUACAAUGCCGGAAUCAUGCUGAUGAACAUGGGCUACAUGCGUAAGACCAACCAGGCCUUCAUUGACUGGAUCUUUGCACAAAAGAAUGGAUUAUACUAUGAGGAACUUUAA